AUGGACGACCCGGAAGAGGAAGCCAAAGGGGUCGAUGAUGAGCAGGUGUUGGUGGUUAGAGAGUCAUCAUACCCCUUCUCUCGAUUUUCAGUCACCUAUCUCAGCCAAAUCAUCAAGAAGGAUGUUCCCGACAAGCGCGUCUCUCUAAGGUCCUUGCCCAUGCCGCCCAUCGAGGUUCUAUAUCACGAACUGGGGUUUGGCAAAGAGCGCGCGCUCGACGGCACGCUUUCCAAUCACGUUCGCAGAAGUGCUUUCCGCAAUGCAUUGCAAACUUUCAGAAAGGAAAGAUUCACAGGAGACACCCAACUCCCGACUCAGAUUGCUGAUUGGCACUCGCCGACAUGCUUGUCAAAAUUUGAAGCUUUUGCUUCCGAAUUUAUCGACCGACACGGACUACAAUUUUGGGGCAGCGAGGACUCCAAGGAGGUCCGUAAUGGGGUUACCAUGGCCAAGCAUCAAGACCUCAUCCAUUUCUUCAUAACCCAGAUUCUGUUCCAGUCCGCUCUGAAGGGGAAGACAUACCGCAAGUCAAGCGUCAGGACUUGCAGCCCGACGAAGAACCCCGAUCUAUCUGAAAGCAACACAAAGACAAGCCAGGAAAUUGUGCUUUCGCCAACCAAAUCUACCCAGCGUCCCAGUGGUAACGCUUUAGGAGCUUCCAAGGUCCAAGAAGCGAGUCAGCCUCCAUCCCACGACACAACACUGGCCAUCUCUCCCCGCAAGCCCUCAACACUUGGUGCCUCUGCCAACCCAAGCCCGAUCGCACGAAAACGCCCCCGACCAUCCAGCACCGAGGACAGAUCAGACGCUCACCGGCCUCGCGCUGCCUUUUGGUACCGCGUGGUUUACUCUCGAAGCCCCUACAGUGUCGAGAUCUGGAAACCCCGCAAGAGUCUGCACGAGAUGUCCCUCUCGGAGAUCAAGGCCGAUCUCCCUUCGGAACUGGGACUCUCGACCCGCAAGCUUGUUCUUCAUUUGACUGGCCCCGACUUGUGCUUGAAGAGCUGCCUGGAUCUUACGGAUGAGGAUGCCUUUGCCUACGUGAAAGGACAGAUGAGGAUGUUGGUCGAGCCGAUCGUUGCGCAGUACCAACAAAAAGGCAAGAAUGCCGUUUUCGACGUUGAAAUUGAGGUCAUGUCAGAUGAGUGA